CAGGAAAUGGAAUCCACAAUAUUUCGUUUACAUGACGUUUUGCGGAGAGCUUUUGCAGAGGAUGUUUCUAUGAAAAUGAUAGCCUAUUUAGUCCCAAUUGCUUCAAUUUUAAAUUAAAUAAGUUAUCCAUGAAGGGCUUUAUUGACUGCCACUGUCACAUCUCUGCAGGAGAUUUUGACAAGGACAUAGAAGAUGUGAUUGAGAAUUCUAAAAAGGCUGGGCUUUUAGCACUACUAGCAGUAGCAGAAAAUGCCGGAGAGUUUGAAAAGAUCAUACAGCUGUCACAGAGGUUCCCAGGCUUUAUUUUCCCUUGUUUAGGUGUCCAUCCUGUACAGGGGACAGCUCCUGAGCCACAGAGAGGAGCCUUACUCCAGGAUUUAGAUGCUGCUUUGCCCCUGAUAGAGAAAUAUAAAGACCAUCUUGUUGCUAUUGGGGAGGUAGGCUUGGAUUUCACCCCCAGAUUUGUCAGUGGUGACACGGACAAAGACAGUCAAAGACAGGUGCUUAUUCGGCAGGCAGAGAUUGCAAAACAAUUGGACCUUCCACUAAAUGUCCAUUCAAGAUCUGCAGGCAGACCUACUAUCCACCUGCUAAAGGAGCAAGGUGUUGAGAAAGCUCUUCUUCAUGCUUUUGAUGGGAAACCCUCAGUUGCCAUGGAGGGAGUGAAGGCUGGGUAUUUCUUCUCCAUUCCUCCAUCUAUAGUAAGAAGUGAACAGAAGCAGAAGCUAGUGAAACAGCUGCCGCUGGAGAGCAUGUGUCUAGAAACCGAUUCACCUGCCUUGGGUCCAGAGAAACAGGUGAGAAAUGAGCCGAAGAAUAUCUCUGUCUGUGCUGAGUACAUCAGUAAGAUCAAAGGGGUUCCCUUGGAGACGGUGAUGGAGGUGACGACACAGAAUGCCCUGCGCCUGUUCCCCAGGCUCAAGACAUUACUCAGAGCCUGAACAACCAAGUCUGGGAUUCAAUCCAAGGCACGUUAUAUAGCAGCGCAUGGCUCUUGACUUUUAAAGGUAAUUUAUACUUGAGCUGACAUGCACAGUGUUUACCGUGAAUGUGAUACCCUCGAACGUCAGGGAUAUUUCCUUUCAAAGGCGCAUGUUCAGCUGUCCAGUGCGCUGCUCUAUAAGAGGCCUUGGAUUGAAUCUCACCCUCUUGGGUGAAGUCCCUGAAAGUCACACCUUGGUGUUAUAUCAGCAAGGAUGUAGAGGGAAAUAAGGCAACCGAAAGGCCUACAAACUGAACAGCAUUUAUAAUGACUUUCAAGUUGGAGCUGCUUUUGGACUCUCAGUGUAUGCCUUGGAGUUGAGGUGUACAGUUAAAAAAAUAAACUGAGAUUGAAAUGUU